AUGCCGUUACAAAAUCAGACAAACAGUCUGGCCUUCAAUUAUUGCGCGUCAAAAAGGCCAUCAGGUACCCAGGUUGCAAAACCCCGUGCACCCAAGAAGAAUCUCAAACUCAUAUCGCAUUGUGCUAACAAAGUAGGCAACAUAUGGCAAUCUGCAUCUCAGACAGAGAAUACAGGUUCUUCCAGGCUCUACAUUGUACAGGUCAGACGAAUUCAGCUGCACCCUUACACGCCUGAUUCUCUGUAUUCAAGGUGGCGAGAAUUGUCGAAUCGCCGUGUCUUACUAGAACGUAACUACUUCAUUCCUCUUCUCUCGUCUUCAUCCACGGCCAAUUAG